AUGUCAGAAAUCGAAACUUUAGCCCAGAUUCACCUUUCAGAUAUUAAAGAUUGUCUGCGAGAUAAUAAUUAUCUGUUUACCUCUGGACGCGACCAUUUUGUCCGUUUAGUUAGACUUGGUGAUUUUAAAGAAUUGAGCAAAUCUGAGGACUUGUUUUGUUUUGUGAAUUCUCUAAGUUAUCUAGAUGGCGUUCUUUAUGCCGGGGCACAAGAUGGAUAUGUUUGGCGGUUCAAAAGAGAGGGCGAUUCUUUGGUCCGACUUGGUAAGAGCCAAGCACAUAGUAGUAAUGUUUGUUCUUUACGUAUUGCUGGAGAUAAGGUAUUGAGUGCGUCCUGGGAUGGAACAAUUGGGAUUUGGAUGGCUGGGAAGUUGGUAGAGAAGAUCCGGACUGAAAAGACUCUUUGGGCAGUUGAGAUGCUGGUUGGUCAGUCGGAUACUUUGGUGGCGGCCUGUACUGAUGGAACUUUGUUGUACUUAGAACGGAAAGAUGGUAAGUACGUAGGUGUAAAAGGUUUAAGAUUGCAUGAGUCUUGUAUUCGAGAUUUAGUGGUUGAGACGGAUCGAAUUGUUUCUUUAUCUAAUAAUGGAGUUUUAGUAGUUUCAGAAUUAUCUGGGAAAGUCUUGAUACGUAAAGACUUGAACUUGAUUAGCUUUCGAGUGAAAAGGAAUGCUGAAACGGGUGAGUAUACUGUAUUUGGUGAUGAAGGAGUAGUUCGUGUCUUAGAUAGUAAUUUGGAGGAUUUGUAUACGAUUACUUUGCCGGUUCUGUCGUGCUGGUGUGGCGAGGCGUACCAGGAUAAAGUAGUGGUAGGUGGAUCUGAUGGCCGAUUGUACCGGUUUGGGAGUGAGGGUAAGGAAGAGGCUAAAAGUCAGCUAGAAGGUUUACAAGUAAGUCAGACCCAGAAUGUAUCGGCUAGUGCCACUGAUAGUACACCAGCUCAACAACCACAGUAUAAGGUCGUGGAUGGGAAGGUCUUUGAAAAGAAAGGUGAUACCUGGGAGCUUUUUGGUGAUCAAAUAGAUAGUAAGCCUAAAAAGGACCAUACUAUUAAUAUUGAGGUGGGUAAUCGGACGUUGCAACUAUCAUUUAAUAAGAAGGAUGACUUUAAUGAAGUAGCCAAAGGGUUUACUAAAGAACACGGCUUAGGUGAAGAACAUGUUGAGGAGAUUGAAGAGUUUCUGAAUCGUAACUUUGGGCAGCGAACGAGUAGUAGAGAUAUUUCUAAGUAUACUACGUACGAUACAGUAGCUUGGGAAGGUCUAAAGAAGAAGAUGGCUGAGUUCGAUAAGAAUGAGGCGGUGAUGGGACUUAUGCAAGAUCUUCAGGAUGGGCGGAUAAAUAGUAAGAGUUCUGGAUUUCAAGCUAGAGUAGCCGAUGCUGAAGUUGUUUUAAGUGAGUGGUUGCAGAAGCAUUCGGUGCGUUUUCCGGUUCUGGACUGCUACAAGUACUUGGUGGCUAAAGGGGCUCAAUUUGACUUUCUAGUUCUCCAAAGUCUUGGGGAGUGGCAAGAUAAGCGGGAUGCAUUGGUUUUUGCUAAGCUAGCUACUAAUAUUUUGGCGUAUGUUCCUGAGAAUAGGAAGUAUGUUCAGGCGGCGAUGAGUUAUAUUUGUGAUAAGGGUUUAGUGGCUCCUGAUGUAGUCAGAAAUUACAAACGGAACUUGUACUUGGUUGAGCAGUAUGAAGCGGCGAAAUAA